AACUCAGGAAAUGAUUUAGUGCUACUGCUACUCGGUCUUUGGGACGGAGUGGACCGGCUACAACAAAUAACUUGAGAGAGUGAGAGCUCGCACACACAGAGGUGACAGUGACGGGGCGCUGGUGGAAAUGUGAUCUAUGAGGACAGCCUGACCCCGACUAUUAACCGCCUGGAAGACCUCCAACUGGGCAAGUCUCCACGGCACCAACUAAGGCGUCAACGUUCUCGUUCGUGCCAGUGGUGCGGACGCUGCCUACUAAACGCGUCAUUGCUGACGAGGACAGACGGAGCUAAAGUGAAAAGCUCUUUUUGCUGAAAGGAAAAAGGAAUGUCAGGGACGUUUUAUUAUAUUUGUGCCUCAACGUCAUACAGUAGAGGUUUUCUGAUGGUGUUUUGCUCCUACAAAUGGCUUGCUCGCACUUGUACACGCGUGUGUAACCAGUUUUCUUGUAGACGUAUACACACUUAGUACAUGUCACAAAAUGCAUUGGGAACAGUUUUUUUCCGAUAUAAGAGAGACUGCUGAGCGGCACAUUGACCAGGCUCCCUCAUCAACAUCCAGCACUAUGGCAACCAUGGCAGGGAAAAUGACCUUUCAGGGUGGAAGACUUCAACCUGAAGGCUAAUCAAUCCUGGGCUCAGAGGAAAACAGACAAAGAUUCUGACACCACGGAGACAAUGGGAAGGAAAUAAACAGAACAGAUCACUUUGAUGUGUUUGAGCUGUUGCAGUACAUUAUGGGAUUCGCAGUGUUCAGAAACAACUGGGACGACACCGUUGGGGUGAUUUUUUCGGCACCUUUUGAAUCAAGACCUGUUCUGGUAUUGCGACAUUUGAUACCUAAUUUCCACCAGAUCAAACCUGAUCUUCAUCCUCUCGACUCGACUGAUUUAACUGGACCCCACUUGUACCCCGGAAGCGCUGACGACGAUCGACAAAGAGGAAUUCCACAAAACCACGCAGUGUAUGAGAGGACGACGGGGGACAUGAUGUCGGAGCGAGGGAUCCUCACAGCUGACUUGGUUUUUAUCCACGAUACAGAGGAGGCAGGAGCGUCACGCUCCGGACAUGAAAUGACGUCCCCGAUGUACCAUGUCACUCCAGCUUCCCCUCAGUCUGAAAAUACUUCCAAACACGAAGCGGCUGGCACGACCUCCAUGGAAACGACUGUUAAUAAACAUGGGGGCAUUUCCCAGCGGCGAUGUCACGCUUCCUCUGGACACGCCGAGGUUAGCUCAGGUUACUUAGCUCACAGGACGCCUGACUCACUGCGCAGACCUUUGGCAGACGUCUUGUCAAACUCAUCCAAAGAGUCGCUUCUCUCUGAAGACUCGGAUCAGGAGAAGAGCUGGUCCACCAUGCGGGGAUCUGCUAUUGCCUCACCUGCCUCCUUCAGUCGCACCGUCUCCCCCUGCUCCUCUGUUCGCUCCGGUGCCUUCACCCCUUCUAUUAUUCAGAUAAAAAAACACUUUCUGGCCCCUGGCUCUAGUCUGCUUCACAUCCCCCAAACCUGUUUUUCAUCCUGCGAGAGCCUGUCUUCUUCAGUCUGUCCCCAGUCGCCUCCUCCGGCUCCUCGGCACCGGCCUCCUCUUACAAGACUCUCCCUUCUCACCGCCAUCCUAAGAAAAGGCCGUCUCCCCAUCCUAUCUCCUGCUCUGCAGAGGCCUUACACCCCCUGCUGGCCUAUGAACCCUGUGACCCUGUCGUUCUGUAAUGCAUGCUCAGCAGCUUCCAGCGUUGCCUCGAUCCCCCUGGAGUUCUCCUCCAGGUUCUCCUCAUCAGCAUCAAUAGACAGUCAAAACUACAAUCAGAACAGAGCCAUCACUUCUCCCAUUUUAAAUGAACACAGCAGGGCAUGUCCUCAGAUAAAGAGAAUCCCAGAGACUGUUUGCUCAAGUACCCCAACAUGGGAGCGGGUCAGAUCUCCACCACCACCUCCUGUGAGGACCACCGUGAGGCCUCUAGCGCCACAGUUUUGCUCAAAAAUUAAAUCGGUUUUCACACCGAAGCGUGAAGAAACCGCUGGAUUUUCUGACACACUUCAGUCAAACUCCCCAGAGCUGAAGCGCAGCAACUUGUAUGUGAAGGGUCGAGAGGAUAAUUCCCUUAAAAGCCCCGUCUCCAAAUCUCCUAAAGCCAUCAGAGAUCAAGAGCCACUGAAAUGCACUCGCCAGCCGAAGUCUUCUCUCUCAAAACUUCAGUGGCUUUCACAACAACUGCGCUCUCCUUCCGCCUGCUCCACGCAGCCUUCCCCCUCACCUGCUGUCAGAACUGAGACCCUCUCACCCCUCCCUCACACCACUCAAAGGUGCACGGGGUCAGAGAGGAAUUACACGCCAUCACACAGCUUCCACAAAACUCUCUCUCCCUCCUCCUGUACACCUGUUGUUUCCUCUGGCUGGCCCACUCCUAUAAACUCCCCCACACCUUCCCCUGCUCCGCCAAUCAGAGACUACACGCCUUCCCCUUCUCUGUCCUUGCGCUCCACGCCAUCGCCGCGGCCGGGGAGUGGAAUAUCAGACUGCGGCGACAGGGAGGGUAAAAAAAGAAAGCCGCACAAGAUUAAGUCCAGCUACAAAUCACUAGCCGCGAUCCCCACCAACACGCUGCUGUUGGAUCAGCAGGCAAUAGACGAGCAGGUGGAGAGAGCAGUGAGUCCUUGUGACAUGGCGGUGGGAAUUCAUGUCGACACCCACGCUGAGAUGUGUUCGCCUGCUCAGCUCCGGCUCCAGUCGCAGGAGCUUUACGCAGAAAUUGAUGAGAUACUGGCGAACUCCAACGCACCAGAAAAAUCGGAGAAAAGGGCUUCCUGGAGAUCAAAUUUGUGCACGGAGCUGCAGAAUGACUCAUCAAUUCCAAAAUCACUGGGACGUGAAACCAAAUAUGCCUCUUUAGGAAACUUACUUCCCUCUGCUGGAGCUGACAGAAAGACAUUCAACUAUAACAAGACGAAGCCCGGAGUUAUUCGUCCGAUGACGGCAAUUCCGAGACUGACAGUGGAGGAUGAGGAGGAGUUUCACCACAACCCUUUCAAGCAGUAUUUUGCAAAGACUGACAGGAAAAAGGCGGAUUGCUCAACUCCCAGGACGGGUGGGAAAACUGACUGCUCAAGUGCAUUAAGUGAAACUUUAAAAGACGAGGAGGAUCCUGGAAAAUGGUUUGCCGUGCGUGACCUACAGAUUACUGAACCCGGCGACGCAGUCGGUCAGUCUUCGAGCCACUCGGGAGCCUGUGGGACUCAUAUUUGAAUCAUCACCAAGCAAACACAACACAGUUGCUAUCAGCAGGUUGGUGAGUGCAAGGGCAGAAAAAAAGCAGAAAGCUAUCCCCCACUCUUUUGUAAGCAAGUGCUUUUUAAACCCACAUCCUUUAGGAAUUACACUGGAUUGUAACCUGGAACUAGAUAUGUGAGCUUGGGUCAUGUUUCAUGAUCAUGCUGCCUGAAUGUCGAAAAUGCAAUAAACUAUUUAGAAGUCAAAUGAAUGCGUUGACC